AUGUUUCAACAACACCGAGAAGCCUGCAUCCUUUCAUGUUUUUCCGUUCGUUUCGUUUGUCAGUUUGUGUCCGCCAUCGCCAUACUGGCUGCGACGGCCGUCCAGUCGGCUCCGGUCGAACCGGCCCACUACGCGUUCGUCACGAAGCAUCACCAUGUGCCGGAACCGCACCAUCACGUCUUCGAACAGGUGCACCACCAGCAGCAGCAGCAGCAGCUGCUGCAUGUGGUACCGGCGGUGACGGCUCACUAUCCGGUGGAGUUGCUGGAAGAUCAGCACUACUACCAGCACCAGGAGCCACAGAUUGUGCUGGCGAACGACAAGUACAUUGGGGAGGCUCACGAGCACCAUCAUCAUGAGGCACCGGCCACUAGCUACAGCGACAGCAACGAUUACAGCAGCCUGUACGGUGGUAAGCAGGUGUCGCACCUGUACGACAACUACCAGUACGGCCAGUACGAUGCCGGUUACGCCAAGAAGUACGACGAGUACAACGCUUACCCCAAGUACAGCUUCGAGUACGGUGUCGAUGAUCCGCACACCGGUGACCACAAGAAGCAGUGGGAGUUCCGUGAUGGUGACGUUGUGAAGGGUGGAUACAUGCUGAAGGAAGCCGAUGGUACAACGCGCGUCGUCGAAUACACCUCGGACGAUCACAAUGGAUUCAACGCGGUCGUCAAGAAGUUUGGCCAUGCUCACCACCCAGAACCGAAGCAGCACAACGCGUACGGGUACAUCGGUAACUACGCCGGUGCUUACGCCACCGGAGAUCACUACAGCAAGGGAGCUACCAGCUACGCGAAGGUCUGGAAGCAGCACUAG